AUGAAGGGAUUGCCCACACAGCCCGCACAGGCCUGCCAGAACCUUCGCCCGAAUGACAGUGGGAGAAGCCUGGAGACAGCUGAAGCUUCAGCCGACCGCUUCCAAGGACAGGACCGUCAGGAGGUUCACCCGGAUGUCACUGGAGAUGAUGGGACCAUGCUCCGCAAGGAUGGGCUGCCACAAUGGGCGACUGGAUUGCUGGAGGGGAUCGAAUGGAGCUCUGAGUGCCCAAGCUAUGCCGAGUUUUUGCAGAAGCCAGACAACAAGGCACUGGCGGUGGGUGAAAUGAGCCAAAAGACAGGCGUUCGACCCUGGGCUGCUGCUUGGGGAAAGUUCUCACAACAGGACGCGAAUUCAGAAGCUUUGCGUGCCUGCCGCCAAUACGGCGUGAAGUGUCGGCUGGUGUAUGUGGGCAGUGGCACCGCACGGGUUCGGACCGUGGGUUUGGACAGCCGUAGUGGCGAAGAGGAGAAAAACUGGUGGCGAACACAGGUGAUGAAAUCUGGAGAUUUACCUGGUUUUGGCUGGAUGCCCAUGAUCGAUCCCUCCAAAGAGAGGUUGGUUGGUUGGAAGACCAUCACCGAGGGUAGCGAGAUCAUUGGCGAGCAGCGCAUCCGUGUCCCGGUCUUUGAACCGGCCACUCGGAAUAGACAACGGUGUGAGCCUUCAAUGUGGAACCAAGAAUCUGGGUAUCGACAUGCUCAGAAACCCGAUUUGUUGCGCUUGCCAGCGAAUUUGUGGAGUAUAAAACUGAACCACUGCUAA